AUGGAGGAAGCCAUUUCUGCAACAGGUGGACAGCUUAAAGUUUCCAACAGGGAACGUAAGAGGAUUCUAGAGAAGAUCGUCAGUGUUUCAAGAAAGGACUGGUCUAGAAAGGUUGAUGAUGCUCUCUGGGCAUACCGGACAGCGUACAAGACUCUCAUUGGCAUGUCCCCUUAUCAAUUGGUCUAUGGCAAAGCCUGUCACUUGCCAGUUGAGCUGGAGCAUAAAGCUUACUGGGCAAUCAGAUAUUCAGCCUAUGAGAAUGCCAAGCUUUAUAAGGAGAGAACCAAGCUACUGCAUGACAAGAAGAUUGCCAUCAGAAUAUUUGAGCCAGGACAAAGAGUGCUUCUAUAUAAUUCAAGGCUCAAAUUCUUUCCCGGGAACUAA